UUAUUGAAAAUAUAUCGAAUACCAAAUUAAAUGGAGUUAUUUGUUGCUAAAUACCCUGUUGGAGUAAAUUCUCGUGCCAAGGCCAUAGAAUUUCUUUUAGAUAUUAAGGUAAAUGAUGUUCGAAUGGUGGGGAUUCAUGGUCUUGGGGGGAUAGGUAAGACAACUAUUGCAAAAGUUGUUUAUAAUAGAAUUUUUGAUCAUUUUGAUGGAAGUUGCUUUCUAGAGAAUGUUAGAGAAAAUUCUGGAACAAGUGAUGGUAUAAUCCAACUACAAGAGAAACUCCUUUCUAAUAUCUUAAGGGGCAAACAUUUGAAGGUGGAGAGUGUAUCCCGUGGAAUCAAUAUGAUAAAGGAAAGGCUUCAUAGUAAAAGGGUUCUUGUAAUUCUCGAUGACGUGGAUAAAUCAAAACAAAUUGAAAAUUUGUUUGGAAAUUGUGAUUGGUUUGUUUCAGGAAGUAGAGUCCUUAUAACAACAAGAGAUGCACACUUGCUAGCUACUCUUGAAAAAGAAUGUGCAACUUACAAGGUGAAGGAAUUGGACAAACAUGAAGCUCUUGAACUCUUUAAUCAACAUGCCUUCAAAGGAAAUAAACUUGAGGAAGAUUAUUUUGAACUUGCAAACCAAGUCAUACAAUAUGCCGGGGGCCUACCAUUAGCCUUAACAAUAAUAGGUUCUGAUUUGUGUGGAAGAACAAAAUCUGAAUGGAAAGGUGCAAUACAUCAAUAUGGAAAAAUUCCUAAAGGAGAUAUUCAUGAAAUACUUAAAGUAAGUUAUGAUGGAUUGGAAGAAACUGAAAAAGAUAUUUUCCUCGAUAUUGCAUGUUUCUUCAAGGGAAGGAACAAUAAUUAUGUUGUAAAUAUAUUAGAUGCUUGCAAUUUAUAUCCAACAAUUGGUAUUCCAAACCUUGUUAAUAAAUGUCUCGUAACUAUUGGUCAUGAUGGCAUAUUGGGGAUGCAUGACUUGGUACAACAAAUGGGUAGGGAAAUUGUUCGGCAAGAAUCACCAAAAAUCCUCAAAAAACGUAGCAGAUUAUGGCAUUAUGAGGAUGCUCUUGAAGUACUAACUGGAAGUAAGGGGUCGGACAAAAUUGAAGGUCUAAUGUUGCAUUCGCCUAAUCCAAUAACAGUGCAACUACAUGCUAAAGCUUUCAAAAAGAUGAAAAAUCUAAAAUUUCUUAUAGUUCGUAAUGUACUCAUUUCUGAAGAACUUAAAUAUCUCCCCAAUGGGUUAAAGUUACUUGAAUGGCACCAAUAUCCUUUUUCCUUGCCAUCCAAUUAUUGUCAUCAACUUGUUGUACUCGAGAUGCCUCGUAGUUGCAUUAGAUUGGAGAAGCUAUUCAAGCAGGGGUCCUAUUACAAAAAUUUGAUAAAUAUCAAUUUGAGUGAGUGUGUCUCCAUUACAAAAUUACCUGACUUGUGUGCCCCAAACUUAGAGACAUUGGACAUUGCUGGUUGUGAAAAUCUAAUUGAAGUUCAUGAUGCCAUUGGAUCUCUUGAUAAGCUUAGAAGUUGGGAUCUCAUGGAUUGCAAAAAUCUUCAAACUCUUCCUAGCAGCCUUAAGUUGAAAUCUCUUCAAUAUUUUUGUCUAUUUCGCUGUGUAAGCCUUGAAAAGUUUCCCAAUAUUAACCCAGAAAUGAAAUGUAACAGUUUAUAUUUUAGUUAUAGUAAUAUUAGAGAAUGGCCUUUAUCACUGGGGCAUCUCAUUGGAGUGCUUACUGAGUUAAACCUAGAUAAUUGUCAAAACCUUGGUGAUUUCCUCGUUAGAUUUUCGGGAUAUGAGUUUACGAACUUGAGAGCAUUGCAAGUCUGGAAAUGUGAUGGAGAUAUAAUUGAAUCACAUAUUUUGAUGAAGCCCGAUUCCUUCCCCUUAUUGAUAGAUCUAAAUCUAGACGGCUCUAGUAUUGUUACAAUCCCAAGAAGCAUUAGUAGAUUUGCUACAUUACGACAACUUUCCAUGUGCUAUUGCAAUAAGCUUCGAGAAAUUCCAAGGCUUCCACAAUCUAUAAGACUUGUGAAUGCAACAGACUGCAUGUCGUUGGAUCUACCAUCAUCAUGCAGAUUAUUGAAUCAGUUUGGAGAAAUAUUCAUGGAUCCCUUGUUUUUUGAUGACUCUGAAUCAUAUGACGGUAGUUGUCAUCUUGUACUACCAAGAAUUGAGAUUCCGAAGGGGUUCAAAUGGAACCAUCAGAGCUUUGGAAAUUCUGUAUCAUUCGAGGUUGGUCGUGAAUUUCAAAAAUUAGUUCUCUGUUUUGCUUUUCGAUCAGUAAAGGCAGAAGCUACGGAAGCAACUUGUUUUGUUGUUUCCACCAAUGGUUUUUCUAAAAAAGAAACAACAUAUUUUAGCCCGUUAAAAGGAGGUUCUGAGCAUCUGUACUUACGUACUGUAUAUCUUUGGGAAUGGAAUGAUUCAAAUCCAUCUGAACAGAAUCAUGUUACGAUUACAGUUGAAAUCAAGUAUGGUGAAAUAAUCUCUUCUUCAUAUGACCCCAUAAUUACGUGGUUGGGAGCCCAUGUAGACUGUGUCUGUUGUCCUCAGAAUACUGCUCACUUUACGCAUGGUUUUGGGUCUUCCUUGGUCCCUGAUGACAACGAUCGCCAUUCUUUUCCAUCUAAUGUGGGAUUUGAUGAUGGGUUUGAUUUGGGUUCCUCUUCAGACUUCAAUCAGUUUCCAACAUCAAAGAAGACAAGAACAUCUUGA